CACUCCCAGUUUUCAUCUGGAGUCAAUUACAAUUAAUCAGAAAUCUUCAAACAUUGAUCAUUCAUCACCCAAGAUCUGCACCUCCGUUCAGUUCAGAUUCAACUAACGCAGACUAGCAUAACUAUCAACACUCCAAAGAGGUGACCGUAUUUUCGCCCCCACUACUGCCGGAAGUCCAAAGAGCAAAAAGUCUAGCCAAUCAACUGACUGCAUUUCCGGGGGUUGUCAUAGCCCUUGAAUAGUAUAAAAGCUGCGACUACUUUUCGAUAAAAUAUGCCAACGAUCAGAUGGAUAGUAACGGGAUUCCAUCUAACGGGGAAUGCACGCUGUUCGAGUUUCACGAAGUACCCCAUACCUAAAAUCGGGGCUAGGAAGUUUUCCGGAAUAGUGAAUUCAAAUUUUCUUGGAUUUAUUCAAUGUACAAGAUACAUUUGUGAACCUGGUUCCAACAUUGUGAGGAGUAACAAGACAUCGGGGUUUUCGAUACUUGCUGGAAGAAUUAGAUUUGAGAAGGUGGCCAGGAUGCCGGCCUCGAUUGACUCACUCUAUCCACAAUUUGCCAAUUUCUUGAUGACCCAUGCAGCUAAAAACUCUAAAUCAAAGAAUGAAUACUAUGAUAUAAUAGGAAAUACACACGUAAUCAGCCAUCUUAAUACCCCUCUAGCACCAAAAGUUCGCUCUUAUAUUGAAGAAUGUGUCAAAUUAUGUCAACCUGAUGACGUUUAUAUCUGUGAUGGAAGUGAAGCUGAAAACAAUCAACUCAUUAAGCUUCUAGUGAAAAAAGGAACCAUCGAGCCUUUACCAAAAUACAUCAACUGCUGGUUGGCAAAAACUAAUCCAGCGGAUGUUGCCCGAGUCGAAAGUCGUACCUUUAUCUGCACAAAUUCUAAAAAUGAAACUAUUCCCACGCCUCGAAGUGGAGUCAAGGGAACGCUCGGAAACUGGAUCUCACCUGACGAUAUGGACCAGGCUGUAAUGGAUCGCUUUCCAGGAUGCAUGAAAGGUCGAACUAUGUACGUGAUACCAUUCAGUAUGGGACCCAUGGGAUCUCCGCUAUCCAAAAUUGGCAUCGAAAUAACCGACUCUGCCUACGUCGUCUGCUCUAUGAGGAUUAUGACCAGAAUGGGUUCUCAGGUUUUGGAUGUUCUAGGGAAAGAUGAUUUCGUCAAGUGUCUUCAUUCCGUUGGAAUGCCAAAAUCAGAUUCAAAGGUGAAUGUGAAUCUCUCCUGGCCAUGUGAUCCUGAAAGAACUAUCAUUCUUCACAAGCCAGCUAAAAACGAAAUUGUGUCCUACGGAAGUGGAUAUGGUGGAAAUUCUCUGUUAGGAAAGAAGUGCUUCGCACUUAGGAUAGGAUCCACCAUUGCUAGGGAUGAAGGCUGGCUUGCUGAACACAUGUUGAUUCUUGGAAUCACAACUCCAAAAGGAAAGAAGCGCUACGUCGCUGCUGCUUUUCCAAGUGCAUGUGGUAAGACCAAUCUAGCAAUGAUGCAGCCAACUCUUCCUGGCUAUAAGAUUGAAUGUGUUGGUGAUGAUAUUGCCUGGAUGAAAUUCGACAAGAAUGGAGUUCUCCGAGCAAUUAACCCAGAAAACGGAUUCUUUGGUGUUGCUCCUGGCACCAGUAUGGCAACAAAUCCCAAUGCUAUGAAGACCAUCUUCAAAAACACAAUCUUCACAAAUGUAGCCAAGACUAGUGAGGGUGGAGUUUUCUGGGAAGGAAUGGAGAAAGAAGUUCCCGAAGACGUUGAGAUCACAGAUUGGCAUGGAAACAACUGGUCUAUUGGAUCUAAAACUCCAGCAGCUCAUCCCAAUUCACGUUUCUGUACUCCAGCUAAUCAGUGUCCCAUAAUCGAUCCUGAGUGGGAAAAUCCAGAGGGUGUUCCAAUUGAUGCUAUUCUCUUCGGAGGUAGAAGGCCUGAAGGUGUUCCUUUGGUUUAUCAGGCUAGAAAUUGGGAACAUGGUGUCUUCAUAGGAGCUACUAUGAGGUCAGAAGCCACGGCUGCUGCAGAAUUCAAGGGCAAGGUAAUAAUGAACGACCCCUUCGCAAUGAGGCCCUUCUUCGGUUACAACUUCGGUCACUACAUUAAGCACUGGCUGAGUAUGCAGGAAGUACAAAACGCGAAACUCCCAGCUAUUUUCCACGUCAACUGGUUCAGAAAGGGAAAGAAUGGAAAAUUCUUGUGGCCCGGAUUUGGUGAAAACUCUCGCGUUCUUGACUGGAUUUUGCGGAGGAUAGACGGAGAAGACAUCGCAAAGGACUCCGUCGUCGGUUUCGUUCCAAAGCCCAACUCUAUCAAUUUAGAAGGAAUUAAUGAGAAUAUCGACAUGGAAGAGCUCUUCAAGUUACCCAAAGAUUUCUGGCAAAAAGAAGCUGCAGAUUUGAAAGAAUAUCUCGACUUCCAGGUCGGAGAAGAUCUCCCAAAACCCAUAAUGUUACAGUUGGAAAAUCUCUCGAAAAACGUUGCUAAACUAUAAAAUUCUAGAUUUUCGAUGAGAUUAGAGUGAAGCAAAAUUUAUUAUUUUUAAGUUGUUAUUGGCAUUUUUAACAACUUUUUUAUGAGUAUUAAUUUCUUCUUUUAUCAGAUUAUUGAUGGAGGAGAAAAAUUUGCUUCACUUUUCAGAAUUUUGUACUCAAUCUUAUUUUUAUUUUCAAAUGUAUAGAUUAUUGUGAUAUAGGUAGCAGAUUUUUCUUGCAUAAUUUUAAACGACGUCGCGCGAAUGUGUACAUAGUAUUAUAAAAUAUAACAUAUUUGUAAUUUCUAGAGUACAUUCCAAAUGAAUUAAUAUGCAUUCCUUUUUAGCGUCGCACGUGUGCGGCGAUUUCUCAUUUUUGUGCUGGGAGUGCAUUUAAGAAAAAGAUUCAUGUUAAUCGUGAGAAUGUAUUUACGCUUGAGUAAUUACGUUGAUACAAAGUAGACAUUGUCAUGCUUCCAGAAAAAUGACAAAUAAAAAGUUGUGCUUUUUUAUCGUU